UCAAGGGCUGGGAGACGAGGGCGACUGGCUGUGGCUGCUAUAGUGGACUGGGCAUUAGAAGAGUGUGUGAGGUGGAGUGCAUCUCUCUUUCUCUCUCGUUUUCUUUGACGGGGGCAGGGGAGAGGCAGGCUGGGCUGUCCACUAAAGCUAUCACAGGGCUCAUAAGGAAGGGGGAGGAACAGAAGAGGCUGCUGCUGCUACAGUAUGUGCAGCUGCUCCCAACACAGUCCCCUCUUCCUCUCUUUCUCUUACUUUCCCUCCCUCCUCGAUCUUUCUUUCUCUCUAUCUUCUCACAACAUGGAGCCCAACAGUCCUAAGAAGAUCCAGUUUUCUGUACCUGUCCGACAGAGUCAGCUGGACCCUCAGGCAUCGGAGCAUAUCCGUAAGAGGAGACCUACACCAGCCACCCAUGCCAUCUAUCUUCCACCAGACCUAACUGCAGCAAAUGACAAGCAGACUACAAGUCAUCAAGGAGAGACCCAGAGUGCAGGGACAUCUCCCGCUCAGAGAAAACACAGCGUCUACACUCCGCCCACCAUGAAAGACUGCUCUAGAGGCCAUGGUGAGGACAGAGACAGCCUGCCUCCUACCAGGCUGGCCAAGACUCACACAGACACGCUGGCCCUAGCAGAGGAGCUAUCAGGGGCCCUGCCACGACUGGCAGACACACCGAGGCGCAAAGACACCCCCUACCAGCACCAGCCUCCCUUCAUCCCAGCACUCUGUCCAAUUCCCAGGGGUCAAGCUGCUCAAGAGCAAAUCAAAGAUCUCCUUCGCUGAGGAGGAAGAGAAGGAGGCGGAGGAGGAAGAAGAUACCAAGAAGAAGUAGGAUCCAAAGUGAAGCGUGAGGAGCAGACAAACUGUUGGCCAUGUUUCUGAUGGUUCACACACAUGAAUGGGUAAUGAACUCUUGGUAAGAGAUGAUGCUAAACUAUCAGGUUAUCAUUUCUAACCUGGGAAUCCAUUUUAUUCAGCCAUGCGUUGUUGAGAUCAAGAAAGGACAAUGUCAUUCAUUCAUUUGUCUGUACUGUAUCUCAAACUCUUAGUUGGUUAUGUAUGGUUAAUUAUUGUUAGAUAUUGUAAUAAGAGAGUAUAUAUGAACAGCAAUACUGGCUGUUAUGCAGUGAAAAUAUAUCUGGAAAUAUACAGAUUUUUGUUUGUUUUCUUUAAACAGAAAAUAACAAUGCAUCUCAUUGUGUCUGUCUCAUCAUGUAAAAACAUAUUUCACAUAGAUUGACUUGAUAUUUUUGUAGUAUUUUAUACAAACUGGGCUAUGUAUGAAUUGUUAUACUUGUUUACCACUCUAAGGUACUGCACAAACAAAGGAGUCCUACAAUUUAUUUGAUUUCUUUCGCUCACUGCUGUUUGGAGUGUGAGUCCUAUCCUAUGAAAGGCUGAUGCAUUGCACAUGUGACAAAAUAAUUAAGUUCAUUCUUGAAUGAACUGUUGGCAAAACAUGUACAUUUCAGAUGUCUAACGCAUUGUGGACCUAUAGUGCAGCAGAGAAACAUCACCUGCAAAUAAUGCCAAACCCUCUCAAUUUCAGGCAGGAUUAUUUUAGUAGGCUAAUUGUUCUCAAAUUAAUCGUGGGAAGAUUUCAUAACACAAAAUAAAACAUUUUU